AUGUCAGGACGACCCCAGAAUGUGGGCAUUAAAGCCCUGGAGAUCUACUUCCCGAACCAGUAUGUCGACCAGACAGACCUCGAGAAAUACAUGGGUGUAAGCGCCGGAAAGUUCACCCUCGGACUUGGGCAAGCCACCAUGGCAUUCUGCGACGACCGCGAGGACAUCUACUCCAUCCUCCUAACAACCGUUUCCUCGCUCCUAAAAAGAUACUCCAUCUCAGCAACAUCUAUCGGCCGUCUCGAAGUCGGCACAGAAACCAUCCUCGACAAAGCCAAGUCCUGCAAAUCCGUGCUGAUGCAACUGUUCUCGCCUAGCGGCAACAACGACAUCGAAGGCAUCGACACCAUCCAUGCCUGCUACGGUGGCACAAACGCACUCUUCAAUGCCGUUAACUGGAUUGAGUCGAGCUCCUGGGACGGCCGCGACGCUAUCGUCGCCAUGGGCGAUAUCGCGCUGUACGAUACCCCGGCUGCACGACCAACAGGCGGUGUUGGAUGCGUGGCAAUGCUGAUUGGACCUGAUGCUCCCUUGGUGGUUGAAGGAAGCUCGAAGACGAGUUGGAUGCAGCAUGCGUAUGACUUUUACAAACCCGAUUUUGGACGUGAAUAUCCCGUGGUGGAUGGCCAUUAUUCGAAUACUUGCUAUCUAACCGCUCUGGAGGAGUGCUACCGGGGUUAUCAAGCCAAAAAGGAAAAAUCAACAACUGGAGAACAACCCCUAAGCAAUAGGCUGGAUGCAUUCGAUUACAUGAUCUUUCACGCGCCGUACUGCAAGCUGGUAGCCAAAUCCUACGCGCGACUCUUAUACCAGGACUAUCUUCACAACCCUAGCAGCGCCGUCUUUAGCGAUGUCCCCGCUGGCAUCAAGGAGAUUGACCAUGAAACCUCGCUCACGGACAAGACCAUCGAAAAGACAUUCGUCGCCCUGUCCAAGGCCAACUUCGCAACUCGCGUGCAGCCAUCGCUGACUGCAGCCACGUUGUGCGGAAACAGCUACACGGCGAGCGUGUACUCAUGCCUCAUCAGCUUGAUCUGCAACAUACCCAGCCCGCGGCUUCAAGGCGCCACGGUGGGAGUAUUCAGCUAUGGCGGGGGCUCAGCGAGCACAUUGUACACGAUUCGAGUCCGGGGCGACGUGGACGUGGGUGGAAUUGCGGAGAAAAUUGAUCUCCAUCGUCGACUUGAGGGUAGACUUCGGGUGUCGGCUGAGGAAUAUAACCAGGCAUGUACCCUCCGCGAACAAGCCCAUCAGCAAAAGAGCUUCAUUCCCAAAGGCUCCAUCGAUCGUUUGUCCUCGGGUACGUACUAUCUAACCGAGAUCGACGAGGCUUUUCGUCGCAAGUACGCCGUCAAGGAAUCCAACUAG